CAUGUUUACCCAGAGGUAAAUCCUGCAGGGGACUAAUACGACUCUUUGUGUAAACAUGCCCGAGGAACGUCCUUGGGCUCUUACUGUGUGAAGCACUGCAUUACUGUGGAUUGGAAUUUCCCUUUUGCCCUCUAUUUUACCAGCUUGGUCAUCUGUCCCUUUCCUCUGCUUUUCUAGAAGCUUCGCAGCCUGUUCUUCUCGCAGUGCCCCCAUUUGGCCUCCGGGUUGCUUUCCAAAGGCAGCCAAACAUAUUGCAUGCCGUGUCCCAACUGGAGAAACUGCUUGGCUGGGCAGCCUGUGAGGUGACCUGACAGGGAUCAUACCUUUUAAAACUCCGUGCGGCGGGCCCAAAGCAAGAUGCCUAUCAGUGUGAGUGACAUGAUGCAGCUUCUCUGUCACGUGUCCGAAGAGCGGAAGAUGAAGGCCGCCGUGAAGCAUUCUGGACGCGGAGCGCUCGUGGCCGGCGCAACUGCUUUUGUCGGAGGGCUUGUGGGCGGCCCCCCAGGCAUAGCUGUAGGUGGUGCUGUUGGCGGCUUGAUGGGGGCGUGGAUGACCACUGGGCAAUUUCAGCCCAUCCCUCAGAUCAUCAUGGAACUGCCCCCCGCGGAGCAGCAGCGGCUUUAUGAGAGUGCCUACGCCAUCGUUCGGAACUUAGACUGGACUGACACGGCGCAGCUCAUCGCUCUGGUCAUGGGGAAUGGAGCCAUCCAGGAGAAGCUGCUCGGUGUGCUGAAAGACUAUGUCACCAAGGAGCUCAAAGCGGAAAUCCAGUAUGGCUUCUAGGUGCCAGCGUGGGUUGCUGUGUGUUUUCCGAGUGGCCUCCUCCCCCAUCUGGUUUCCCCUUGUGGUAACGUGUGACAAGGAAGACUGUUUUAACUCGGUCUUGAUGCUUGGUUUUAUAAUAGCCACAAGAAAGUGUCCGUGGACGAUUUCACCCCUGAGCCCUCAUUCCUCCAGUUAGAGGCCCACGUGGGCUCGGAGGAGCAUCUUCAACUGGCCUGAAGAGCGCUGGCCUUCGGGCUUCCGCUUUCUGUCCCCAGCAUCCUUUCUGCUGCUGCAGUAGCUGCUGGGGUCCAGUGGGCAAAGUUCCAUGUGUACUGGUGACAUGAAGAUAGGCUGACAUAAAGAAAUAAAUGUGUCAGCACCCAAACAUGGGUGCAUUUCCCCAACCUGGCACUUGCAGGUGGGUUGGACUGCCACUCCCAUGAUUCCCAACCAGCAUGCUGGCUGAGAAUUAUGGGAGUUGAAGUUCAACCCACCUGGAGGGUGCCUGGCUAGUGAAAUCUGCAGUGAAACUACACAUGAUGCAGAAUUGUUCUGUGUUAGCUGCUUAGUGGGUGACUCGGAUCCAUCUGGCCUUCUCUGUGAAGGACACUGGGCUGAGCCUAGUGGUUUUCCUACAUAAGGUGUAAGUAUUUGCACUAUUCUGAAAAAUCUAUAACGGGUUAUUAAAAUGAUCCACAAUUUAAAAAAAGAGCAAGGUCAGAACAAGGACCACAAAUGUUGCUGAAAAACUGGAAAAAUAUAUACAGGAUAAGUGAAUAUUUAAGGCUAUAGAUGUAAAAUAUGGAUUAUACUAUAUCUAUAUAUAGAUGCACAGAGAUAUAUGUAUAAAGAUCAUACCAAAAUGCAAGGCCAAUCACUGUAAUAUGACAACUGUACAACAUCAAAAUCAUAACCUGUGAAUGGUGAGGACCAUCUCUUGUAUUGGAAAUAUUUGGCUAUGCCAUCUUGGGUACCUCUUUGUAAAUCUAUCUGGAAUUGUGCUGGUCUGAAUUUACCUCCUUGUAUUGUGAAAGGCUAUUGAAAAAUUCUUUUGUGAGCUGUUCAGAUUACAGCAGGGUUCUGGCUUGGCCUGAUCAAUGA